CAAAUGGGAGGUCUCUCGCUACUGGUUCAAUUGAACAAUCAAACUAUUUAACAGGGGGUGAAUUAGUGGGAGGUUCACUUUACCUGAUUGGUGCAGUGGGUAGCUGCUAAUUUGUGGGUAGCCAGUGGUGUUUGCAUGUGAAAUCCAAGUAGUCCGGUAUUGUCCAAUUAGGUACGGAACACAAACUAUAAGUAGGAGCGCGCAUUGUUGCUGGCGCAUGCUGUCAUGUCAAGAGGGCGAUAUGCCAACGGUUUAUAACCUGCAAAGUUGGAGUAAUGGAAAAGAAAAUAAAACAACCCAACUGAGUUAUAACGUCUUAUGAGCUCUCUUGACUGCCCUUUCGGUGGGAUUUGAAAGUGAACCGAACAGUUAUAAACCGUGGUUCCAUCCCGUUGGAUUAACAAGCCAAGAAGAGGAGGAAGAGGAAAACCCUCCAGAAAUAUCCACUUCUUCAGGCAACAAAAUGGAGUCGACUGAAAUUGCAGUCUUGAAAGAAAAGUUUUCAACAGCACAGACAGUGUUCUGCAAAAAAGCUAACAGACUGUCAGUAGCUGUAGAUAUCCCAGAGAAGGAGGUAUUUAUUAAAGACAUUGGAGAACUCUGCAUAGAAUUCAGCAGAUUGCAUGAUGCUGGCUGGGACUAUAUUGAAGCUCUAGGAGAAAGUGAAGACGAGAAUGGAGAAGCAGCACAGGCAAGGGAAAAAAUAACCAAGUGCCUCGCUUCAUGCGUUGAGUCACUUCAGCUCGCUAGAGAGACAUUAUGGUCAAAGUAUGCCAGUGAUGAGAUCCAGCUUUAUGCUGAUAGUGCAGAGAAAGAAUGUGUAGAGACAGAGAGGGUAAAAGUGCAAGGAUUGCCAGUAACAAAAUUUGAAGCCAUGAGAGUCAGCGUGCUGAAGAAGAUCCACAUGCUUGAGGAAAAGGUGUUGGAAUGGGAGCACCUCAUCCCUGGUAAAUCUACAUCGUCAAAACGACUGCUGUAUAAACUGGGGAACAGGCUUCGUGACUGGGAGAAAAAAUGGAAAUGGUCAAAUUGCAGCACCCCCAAGAAGGCGUCGGGUGGCGCUGGUGUGCAGCCGACCUCCAAUGCUUCCAGCAGCGAAGACGCUCCACCCUCUGACGAGCCCACACCCUCUAAAACCCAGAACAGCCUAGUCAAAGAGGUUGGUGGCCCCCACUCUGGUUGGCUUGGGGCAAGUAACCCAACUCUGCACCAUCCCAUUGAACCUGGCAUCCCGAAGGCGACAAGAGCACCACAGGCAGUGGGCACAGCUGCAGCGCUACAAACGGGUGAACACUCAGCAAACGGUGAAGUUGAGGACAUCAAGGCAAGUCUGCAAUUAAUUGAACACACAAUCACUAGCUUAGUAAAAGAUAGCAUUGCAAAGCAGACAGAAGAUGAAAACUUAACAACCAGGGAUGUCCACCCACAGCAAGCAAAGUCCAGCUCUCACCUCCUCCUCGCAAAUUCUGCCUCCUCAAUUCUUCCCAUUCCAGUAGACACCACUGCAUGGCCGCAAGCAAGUGAGCACUCGGCCACCAGCGAUGUCCACAUGCAGGAAGCCAAAUCAGGCCCUGCAUUUCCCCUUCUGCCAAGGCCAAUGAACCAGGCCGAAAUAGCAGAGGGGUCUGACAUUGGAAAAGAAGUUCCUCCAGCCAAAGAGCCUGCACCAACUGAGCCAGCUGUCAAGUAUACCCCAACGAAGUCAGCUAGUGAGACAGAGUCUGGUGACUAUUGUGGUCAGUCAGAGGAAGGACCAAAAAGGCCCUCUGUCGCUGAAGAUUCUGGGAGACAGAGUAGAAAGGUGUUGUCAGUGCUAGGCAAGGAAGAAACUCAACCCUGGAAAUGGCCAGGAAUCAAAUUUGAAAACCCUGUGCAUCCCCGAUGCUCCGGCUCACCAACACGAAGUGAGCUGAAUGCCCAGAGAAGCAGAGCAGUGGAAACCUGGCUGGGUGGCAACAGUCAGGUCCAGCCUCCCUUAAUGUUCAAAGCACCUGGGACCAUUGCCUACCUGUGCCUAGCAGACGCCUGGCUGGGCGAGAAUGACCAGGCCCUGGCUCUCUCAAAGUUGGAGGCACCUGGGACGAUCGUCCAAGAUGGCCAAGUGAUAGACGUCUGGCUGGGUGGCAACAGUCAAGCCUCAGCUCAUGCAAAGUGGGAGGCAAGACCACUGUACGGGACUUUCAUCUCGAUGAACCAAAAAGAAGAAGCCUGGCUGGGUGACUACAGUCAGGCCCUGGCCUACUCAAAGUGGGAGGCCAAACCGCCCUCAAAUGCAAGCAUCCAAGACCCUGCCCUUCCAAAGUGGGAAGUAAAACCAUGCAGGCCGGCAGAUAAAUGGGCAACAACCUCAACUUUCUUAGCCCUUGAAGUCGAGAAUGGCAUCAUCUGCUACUCCGCCGCGACGUCCUUGGAUGUUCUGGCCGUCCAAAUAAGAAGACAUCACCUGAAGGAGACUCUGGUGGUCUUGGCCAAGAGACCCAUUCCUGGCGCCGACUGCGGUCCUUCCAAAUCGAGAUUGACCAGGUCUGUGCAAAGCGAAGGGAACUACGGGAACUACCUAGCCCAAGUCGGUUCGAAAAGAAGCGGCAACAGGAGGGGCUUCAAGGAUGGCGUCCUGCUGGCGUUCCUGUUGCUGGCGCUCCUGCUGGCGUUCCUGCUGCCGGCGCUCCUGUCGGCGUUCCUGCUGGUGUUCCUGCUGCCGGCGCUCCUGCUGGCGUUCCUGCGGCCGGCGUUCCUGCUGCCGCUCCUGCUGGUGUUCCUGCUGCCGGCGCUCCUGCUGGCGGCGCUCCUGCUUCCCUGGCAAGUAGCCAAAAUCAGGAAGAUCUGCGCUGCCAACGGCAGCUGA